AGUUACGUUUCGACGGCCAACGCGUCGAGUGCUCUGCUUGCUGAGAGAAAACAAUACAAAUAGAGACAGCAGGAGUGGUUCUUCUUCUUCAUACUCGCAUUCUCUCGCGCUCUCUUCACCGUCUGUGUUAACGGUCGUGGCGCGUCGUGUGCGUGUGUGUUAGUGUGCCAGUUAAACAAUGAGAAAUUGAUUCACACACCAAAACAGCCAAAAAAAAAAAAAAGACACCGGACGCAAAGUGUUAAUCAGAAUAGAAUAAUUUGUGCAAUCACGAGCAACGAAAACAAACUGCAAUUUUUUAAACAUUUUUUUCGUGUGCAACCGUAAACAAACCAAAGAAGUUAAAAAGAGAGCGCUAUUUGCGAGCGGGGAAAACUAGAAAACUAAAACUACAACUGCAAAAACAGAGAUAAAAAUGGGUGAACUGCCGACAAAUUCAGUCGGCGUCUUUUUGGCGCUGCUCCUCUGCAGCUGCUCUUUAAUAGAACUGACCCGUGCGCAGUCCCCCAUCCUGGAGAUUUAUCCCAAACAAGAAGUCCAGCGCAAGCCAGUGGGCAAGCCCCUGAUCCUCACCUGCCGGCCCACAGUUCCCGAGCCGUCCCUGGUCGCCGAUCUGCAAUGGAAGGACAACCGGAACAACACCAUUCUGCCCAAGCCGAAUUACGAUCCACUGUAUGAUUCCAAGGGCAAUAGAAAGAAAGAGAAUGGACGCAACCAGGCGCCGAUGUACACGGAAACGCUGCCCGGCGAAAAUUUGGCCCUGAUGAUUACCUCGCUGUCGGUGGAAAUGGGCGGCAAGUACUACUGCACCGCCUCCUAUGCAAAUACGGAGAUCCUCGAGAAGGGCGUCACAAUUAAAACUUACGUGGCCAUUACCUGGACAAAUGCACCGGAGAAUCAGUACCCCACUCUUGGCCAAGACUAUGUGGUAAUGUGCGAGGUAAAGGCCGAUCCCAAUCCAACAAUCGACUGGCUGCGCAACGGAGACCCGAUCCGCACGACCAACGACAAGUACGUGGUGCAAACCAACGGCCUGCUCAUCCGAAAUGUCCAGGAAAGCGACGAAGGCAUCUACACUUGCCGUGCAGCCGUUAUCGAAACUGGUGAGCUACUGGAACGCACCAUUCGCGUGGAGGUCUUCAUUCAGCCGGAGAUCGUAUCGCUUCCCACCAAUCUGGAGGCCGUCGAGGGCAAGCCAUUUGCAGCCAACUGCACAGCAAGAGGCAAACCAGUUCCGGAGAUCAGUUGGAUUCGCGAUGCCACACAACUGAACGUGGCGACCGCCGAUCGCUUCCAAGUGAAUCCGCAAACUGGCCUGGUUACCAUCAGCUCCGUUAGCCAGGAUGAUUACGGCACAUACACAUGCUUGGCCAAGAAUAGGGCCGGUGUAGUGGAUCAGAAGACCAAGCUGAAUGUUUUGGUGCGUCCGCAGAUCUAUGAGUUGUACAAUGUGACCGGGGCCAGGACCAAGGAGAUUGCCAUAACCUGCCGUGCCAAGGGACGUCCGGCACCGGCGAUUACCUUCCGUCGUUGGGGAACACAGGAGGAGUACACGAACGGGCAGCAGGAUGACGAUCCCCGCAUCAUUUUGGAGCCGAAUUUCGAUGAGGAGCGCGGCGAGAGCACCGGCACCCUUCGCAUCGCCAAUGCCGAGCGUUCCGACGAUGGACUGUACCAGUGUAUUGCCCGGAACAAGGGAGCCGAUGCCUACAAGACCGGACACAUUACCGUUGAAUUUGCUCCGGACUUUAGCCACAUGAAGGAACUGCCUCCGGUUUUCUCGUGGGAGCAGCGCAAGGCGAAUCUCAGCUGCUUGGCCAUGGGCAUCCCCAAUGCCACAAUCGAAUGGCACUGGAAUGGUCGCAAGAUCAAGGAUCUGUACGACACCAAUCUAAAGAUUGUCGGCACUGGACCCCGCAGCGAUUUGAUUGUGCACCCCGUAACGAGACAGUAUUACUCAGGAUACAAGUGCAUUGCGACUAACAUCCAUGGAACCGCCGAACAUGAUAUGCAACUGAAGGAGGCACGUGUCCCUGAUUUUGUGUCCGAAGCCAAGCCAAGUCAACUGACCGCCACCACGAUGACCUUCGACAUUCGGGGUCCAUCAACCGAACUGGGCCUGCCCAUUCUGGCGUACAGUGUGCAGUACAAGGAGGCCCUAAAUCCGGACUGGUCGACGGCCUAUAACCGCAGUUGGUCACCAGAUUCGCCGUACAUUGUAGAGGGACUGCGACCACAGACGGAGUACAGCUUCCGAUUCGCCGCCCGCAAUCAGGUGGGAUUGGGAAAUUGGGGCGUCAAUCAGCAGCAGUCGACACCACGACGAUCGGCUCCGGAGGAGCCCAAGCCACUGCAUAAUCCCGUCCAGCACGACAAGGAGGAACCGGUGGUCGUGUCACCCUAUUCCGAUCAUUUCGAGCUGCGCUGGGGCGUGCCCGCCGACAACGGAGAGCCUAUUGAUAGGUACCAGAUCAAAUACUGUCCGGGCGUUAAGAUCAGCGGCACCUGGACGGAACUGGAGAACUCCUGCAACACCGUUGAGGUGAUGGAGACCACAUCCUUUGAGAUGACCCAGCUGGUGGGCAACACCUACUAUCGCAUCGAACUGAAGGCGCACAACGCCAUCGGCUAUUCCUCGCCUGCUUCCAUUAUCAUGAAGACGACACGAGGAAUUGACGUCAUCCAGGUGGCUGAGCGACAGGUCUUCUCCUCGGCGGCCAUCGUGGGCAUCGCACUCGGCGGAGUCCUCCUGCUCCUGUUCGUGGUCGACCUCCUCUGCUGCAUCACCGUCCACAUGGGCGUCAUGGCCACGAUGUGCCGCAAGGCCAAGCGAUCGCCCUCCGAAAUCGACGACGAGGCCAAGCUGGGCAGUGGCCAGCUGGUAAAGGAGCCACCGCCGUCGCCGUUGCCACUGCCGCCGCCCGUCAAACUGGGCGGUUCGCCCAUGAGCACGCCAUUGGACGAGAAGGAGCCGCUCCGCACUCCAACAGGCAGCAUCAAACAGAACUCGACCAUCGAGUUCGACGGGCGAUUCGUGCACUCACGCAGUGGCGAGAUAAUCGGGAAGAACUCGGCGGUGUAAGGAGGAUAUCCACCUUGUCCUGGAACUCCACAGUCCGACCGCAAUGUGCACAAAACAAAGAGGAGGGAAGAUAUAUGGAAAUACACAUAUAUGUAUGAUGAUCUAGCGAGAACAAGCCAAAGCCAAAGCUGGGGGAAGAGCACUUGAAUAUCGAUCGAUUGGCACACUAAGUUGGUUUUAAUUUACUUUCGUACACAGCGUAAAUCUUACUAAAUGUCUUACUAUAACGCAUACGAUAUCUUAACAACAUCUAACAUCUAAAACAUAGCACAUUAAGCUCGAAAAACCAGCAAGCAAGCAUACGAAGAAGAAGAAAGAAAUAGUAACUCAAUGUCGCUUCAUUUUCUAGUUUAAACAAGUAUUUUAUAUCGCUGCAUUUGCUUUGUUUUUCCUUAGUCCAAAAAAAAGUCACAAAUGAACACAAGAAAUUACAAAUAACGAUGAACCAAGCUGGAGAAGUAAAUGAAUAUGCAAGAGAUGAUAUGGAAAGGACCUAGCCUAAGUUAUAUAUAUAUGAAUGUAUGCAAGAAAGAAAUCUUAAAUUAAUGCCUUACAAACAAAAAAUUACAAUUAUUUAGCAGCUAAAGCGCAGAGGAGGGAUUUAUGCAUGUAAGCCGCAAGGAAUGAGACCGAUUUCCUUAGUAUAACUAACUUAAACAUGCCAUAAAUAAGUUUUAACAUUAAGUUUGCCCCUGAUCCUGAUCAUCAUCCCCCACGAAUUCGUAGUACUUAAAACGCUAAACAAAAGACUUGCGAGCAUUUCUUUCCACAAAACCAUGACAUUGGAUAGAUUAGAGGAAGCAAAAGAAUGGAUUUGAAUAACAUACUUAGUUGAUAUCGAAAUCCUUGGUUUCCUACUGCUAAUUUGUAUACUUAACCACCAGAAAGUGUAACCCACAGACGGCACUUAUUGAAUAAUGCUCAAUGUACAUUAAUGUUGAAGAAAUUGAAUAUUUGAAAAUGUUUACAAACUGCUUAGCUGCUUGAACAACGGAAAUAAGCAUCCCGAACCACCUCCGCAUCCGGUUCAUAGCACACAAGAUCAAUCUUGAUGAGAGAAUGUAUGCUAAGUUAUAGAAUUAUCCAAGAACUACGAGAUUGCCAAACAUUAACGACCUAUCAUAACCUUUCAUCCCACUUCCAUCGAACAACUGCAAAUCGCUCAGUUUUGUGUUAAAAGUAUUUUCUUAUGUAUGUAAAAAUUAAACAAAUUGUAGUUAAGAGAUCUGAAACGCAUUAAUCUAACGGAUAUAUAAAUCUAAAUAUAUAUAUAUAUAUGUAUGUACAUGUAUUUAAAGUUACUCGUAAGUUUUUUUUUCUACACGAAACAGUUAAUACAAAAUAAAAAAAAAAAGAACAAAACCAAAAGCAAAAGCGAACUAAGUAUAUGUUAUCACGCCGAUCUGAAUGUAUGUAUGUACGUUAACGCAUUUUUAUUUGAUAGCCGUAAAAAUCCCUGAAAACGCUGAGAUCCCCCACUUUUCAGUUCUUUGCCUAUGAGCUUUGUACCUUCUGUUGCCAAUUAAGUCAAGCGCCUUGUCAGAGCUUUUUACCUAUAAAUAUACACGAUACUCUAUGAACGACCUAUUGAAUAACCCACGAAGCGAACCCAAGUCGAGAUUACAGGAGGCUAUAUACAUUUAAAUUUGGAUGCGAUUGUUUGAAAAACUGCUGGUCAUUCGAGCAUAUGAAAUAUGUUUGCAAGAAACCGAACGCAGCUUCGUUCGGCGGCAGAGUGUAGCUUUUUAUAUGAACUAAACAAAAUUGAUGAAAAAUUAUACACUGAAACUGAAACGGAGGAAAUAAAUCUUAUUUACUGUACUAUAA